AUGAGUAUUAAGUUUGAGUUUCAAUUAUGGUGGUUGAGAUGGCCUGGUGAAAGUGGGAUUGCUGUCAGUGAUGUUCAAGAUUUUGCCGUACAUGGCGUUAGCGUGACUGACAUCGACAUGCCCUCUGCACCCAAUGCACCACCACUACAGCAAAUUCAUCUCUUCCCUGCUAUUCCAUAUCCUUUAGAUACACUCUCCCUUGCCAUCACCUACCUCUCUUCUCCGAACUUCCAGCUUGACGAACUUGAGUCCCUCCUCUCCUCUCGCUUCCUCUCUCUAGAUGAAGGGCCGGACUUCACCCCUACCCUUGCAAAGAAUCAGCAGCAUGAUUCCUUAACAGGCCUUCCAGAGUUCGGGAGUAUGGUCUCAGAGGAGGACGACAACUUCCCUGUGACACCUGAUUCCAAGCAGUCCGGGGGUCAUACUAGCAGCACUCCUGAAUCAAAGAAACACGCCAAACUCUACCAUCCUUAUUCCCACUGGCGGCUGUUGUCAGGAGACAGAUACCAUGAUUGUGCCGAGCAAAUCUGGCGCAGACAGUCAUGUCACCAGUACUCGGAAGGUAUGAGCAUCGAGGAUCAGGAGGCGUUGUCGAGAGCUAUAAAGGAUAUGAGCCCACACACCUUCCACUGCGCUAUUCACUACAAGGAGGCAGUUCGAGAAACUUUGCGCAUGGAAUACUUGUACAGGGGCUGGCUGCUUGAGACGUCAAGAAGGUUGAACAUCUUCAACGAGUCCUUACAUCAUGAAACGGAAACGGAGUUUGGGAAGGUGGAUCAAGAAUUGCAGUGGCUAGUGCAUGUGCUUGUUGACCGGGGGGAAUUGCCGCGCACGACUGAUGAUGUCCAAUAUAUUACUGCAGCUUGA